UUUUAUUUUUUUUUUAUUUUUACUUUUGACAUUAUUUUCCAACAUUUUCUCUCUCCAUUUCUUCAAUAAUUACCAAUGACAAUUUCUUUUGUUUAUCUCUCUUUAACCUCACACGCAUAUUUGUAUUAAAGAAUUUCUAAAUACCUUAAUAUCAAAUUUAACAACCAUUUGCCUCCCUCCACAAAACAAACCAAAAUAAACCUCCGCUAACACCCCACCCCCUCCUUCCCCCUCCCUCGAUCCCUCCUCGCGCUCUCUUUCUCUCUAUCUCUUCCCCUUUCUCUGUCUCUCUGUUUAGAAACCCACAUAAAAACACAAAUUUUCUCCUCCUAUUUUUUCUCUUUAUACAUAUAUUUCAUUCAGUUUAAUAAAAUUUCCCCCUUUUUUUAAUUUCAUUUAAUUUUGAUUCCUAAAUUAAAAAGUUCUCUAUUUCAUGAAACAUGGAUACUACAGAACAUUCAGCUUCCACCCAGAAUGAUAAUCAACAGAUGGGAGAUUCAACUGAAAUUACUGAAGAAAAUCCAACUGGCCAACGCAGUAGGCCACUCCCACAACAUCUUGUCCUAGAGAUACCAUCAGAAGGUAUUCAAUGUUCUCCAGAUGAUUUUAUGAGAAUGAGUAUUCUUCCAACACCCAAAAGAGUGAAUUUCUCUCCAAUGCACAGCCCUGCCGUUGCUGGAUUAACCAGGUCUUCAAGCUCCAGCAUGCGUAGGGACAAGUCAUCAUUUAAAAGUCUCCUCCCAAGACUUAGUUUCAAGUUCAGAAACUCCUCUACAGAGGUUGAAAAUGCUGCCUUUCUAGCCCUCGGUUCUCCUCCUUCUGUGAAAGGGGGGAGACCGCGAAUGAUGAGAACAUUUUCUCUUUCAAAGCUUUUUACGCCAAAAGGAAAUAAAGCUUCAUCUUUGCCUGUUACUCCAAUUGCACACUCUAACCCAGGGUCCACUCAUGGAAGCAAUAAAGGACGGGUCCAAUUACCUAUUCAUCGUUCACAUUCUGUUCCAGCUCUUAUCAAAGAUGGUAGUGUAAGGCAGGUGGAUUCUUUUGGUGGGGUAUUUCGUGUAGUACCAACAACUCCGCAUGCUAAAGGUGGACCCCCAGUGGCGUCAGGUGCAAGUGCAACUGCUGCUGAUGAAAAUGAUGAUGAUGGUGAGGACAUUCCUGAAGAGGAAGCUGUUUGCAGAAUUUGCUUUGUUGAACUCGGGGAAGGUUCAGAGACACUCAAGAUGGAAUGUAGCUGCAAAGGUGAACUUGCUUUGGCUCACCAAGAAUGUGCUGUUAAAUGGUUUAGCAUCAAAGGGAACAAGAUUUGUGAAGUAUGCCAGCAAGAGGUUCAAAACCUGCCUGUAACACUUUUACGAAUUCAGAAUGCUCAGGCUCAACAAGGAAGUAAUGGACAGCAAGCUGACAUGACUGGUUUCAGGGUUUGGCAAGAUGUUCCUGUACUAGUUAUUGUAAGCAUGCUUGCUUACUUUUGUUUCCUGGAACAACUUUUGGUUAGGAAAAUGGGUUCUGGUGCAAUUGCCAUUUCUCUUCCAUUUUCAUGCAUUUUGGGUCUGCUUGCAUCCAUGACAUCAACAACCAUGGUUGGAAGAAAAUUUCUUUGGGUAUAUGCUGCUGCACAAUUCAUUAUGGUGGUUGCCUUUGCACAUAUUUUGUACUCUCUGCUACACAUGCAAGCAGUGGUAUCAGUCAUAAUUGCUACAUUUGUUGGUUUCGGAGUGGCAAUGUGUGGAUGUUCCAUUAUCUUUGAGAUUUCGAGAUGGAGAAGGAUGUUGCGAGCUCACUCAAAUACCGAACCUACAGCUGUGGACGUAGUUCCUGUACCAAUGUCUAACACAGCUACCAUAACACAAGUGACUCCUAAUCAACCUGAAACUAUGUCCAACAGCACUAACUCUCAUCAUGGAGAUUAAAUCGCUAGUUGAAUGAACAUAACUACAUAUCAAACUCUUGUAAUAUUGCUCAGAGAGAGGCUUUUGUGUAGAUAACUUACGUAGAGGUAAUGUAUUUUUUUUCUUCUUUUGUUUCAUUUUUGAAUGUAAUAUUAUGUAUUGUUUGCUAGAAAGUAGGAUGGGAAGCUGUAAAUCGACUGAUGUAGAAAACAUGUCGUAUAAUUUUCAGGCCUUAUGGUCGGUGGCGCCUUUGACCAUCUGCUUUGGCGCUUGUUUGUGUUUUUUACCUGUAAAGUUUGGUGGCUUUGCAAAUGAUGCUUCAAGGUAACUAGCUAUACGACUAGUCUUUAUGUUAGGAAGUUUCGUGGUUGACAUUAGAACUUCUUGAUAAUGCUUUACAAUGAAUUUGCUAAUAUUGUCCUCUAUUUACAAUGA